AUGGUUUUCAGUUCUACAGUCUCCUUAAGUAAUUUGAAUGCAAUUCCAGAUGACGAGGACGAUGAGGCUCCAGAUAGUCCCGUUUCAAAAGGCGGCCUUCUCCCACCAAGUCUGGCAUUCCAGUGUCCGAGCGACUCCGUGGGCAAGUCGUGUCUGGCCGACUACCUACGCGUGGACGUCACCGCGGUAGAUGGAAGCAUAGGAUCCCUUCAACGUCGGCUGCGACUGGAAGUGUGUCCCUACGCCGACACGAAGGUCGGAUGGGGCAACGUGAGCGAGCACUACUCACUCGCCGCUGGACCCUUGCUGGAAUCGCCUCUCACGCUCGGUCCGGUGUAUAAUUUCACUUCAAUUGAUUUCGAGGUGAAUCUUCAAUUGGCAACGGGACUGCAUCAGGAGAUCUCGAACACUUCCUUCGCUGGGAAGCCGAAAAUCCAUCACGGUUGGGUUAAGGGACUUCUGUUUGAGUAUAUUUUGCUGUACUGCGAGGAGUUGCCGAGUCACCUAGCGGGUGGAGGGCAAUUGGGAUACUACCUGCACUCUCACAGCGAUGCAACCGGGGCAACAGUUGCCGUUGCCGAGAUACACUGUCCAAUCGGACGCUUCAUGCUCCCUUCCAACAAUGGCUCCAUCGAUCCCACGGAGCCGGGAGCACUGCAGAACCGACUGGCCCUUAGAUGUGACCAUCACACCCGGCACUGGGUACCGUCGCUUCCCCCCGGAGGCUGUAUGACGCCGGACGAGAUCAAGGCACUUUUGGUUGAACAGGCGGAGAGUAGAAGGGAAAUUGGUACGCAAAAUGGCACUCAGACAACGCCGUCGUCGUCGACGACAAUAACAUUUACAACAACGGCAACAACUAGACCCAGUCCGACGGAUCACCCGACAACAACGACAACAACGACGACGACCACUACGGCGGAGGCGGCAGUCCUCGCUGCACCGAUGAUCCCGAUGGUUAGUGAGAACUCCAACGGUACAGACAAAGGCGCGGUGGAUAACGUGGCUCUUUCGCAUGGAUCAUCGGCGGCAGUGGGUGCCAUUUUCGGCUUUCUACUCUGCCUCCUCAUUCUCCUGCUUGUGAUCUUUGUUUUUAGGCAAAGACUCUCGCGAUUGGUUCGUUCGAAGCUGGUGACAAGCAGUACCCUUCCGGGUCGAUUCCCGGGCUCAGGAAUGUUUAUGAACACCCUGUCGGGUCCACUUACAUUCUCGCGGCGUGGUUCGAGCCAGUUCCACCGCAAAAGCCCCUUCUUCUCAUCGGUUCGUCGGCAAACCGUGUUGAUGUCGCAGUCGGCCGUCUCGAUUCCACAUCACCACCACCACCUCCAGCACCAGUGGUUCGAGAGCGGCACCAUUAUCUCCAAACCCGCAUCCACCGCAGUCUCCAUGGGCAACCUCCACCCAGUUCCAGCACAGUCUAAGCCCCCCCUACCUCGUCUACCCCCGCCGUCGGAGCUGGAGGUGGCUAUUUCGGACAACUACGCCCCCAACCAGCACCCGCCCUCGUCGGUGACCACCAACUCAACCUCACUGGCCACGAGGCGGCAAACUCUGCUGUCCGCGGACACGGCGACGACGAAUAUCUCCGGGGGUCCAGGGCCGCUGGACCCCUUCAGCGGUGGCGCUUCUCCAAGUCAACCGUCACCUAUGACUGUGUUCUCGGCAACUCUGCCGUGGAAGUCGAAGCCACGCGGAGGCGUUUCAGGGGGUCUGAAGCGCCUCUCCACGUUCCUGCGCUCCGCCGUCAGCGGAUCUAGCUCCUCCUUCCUCUCGCACGGCAAACGCCAGCCCUUCACCGCCUCCACGACCGGCUGGUCGUCGCGGCAACACGUCUCCUCCGGCCUCCCCUCCUCCGGCAACUCCGUGGGCCUGCUGAGUCCCACGCAGUCCAGGUCCAGUUACACCUCGGACGCCACUAUCCAGGCUGCCACGCCACUGGGUUCGCUGGGUCGAAACAGCGCAGGUCACGUGACGCUGGACCACAGACACCAGGUGUGUCUGGUGGAUCCCUCGGUCUGCCGGCUGAACCACCAGCACCGCGACGUAGGGGCUGCCGGGGGAAUGCUACGCACAGUCCGUCAGACGCCUCCACUGCCUCCCAUCCCCCCUCCACAGCCUCCUCAGUCCAUCCCCGUGGCUGUUCAAGGCAAUUCAAGCACCUUGGGUGGGAAGAAGAAGACUGGAACCCUCAACAUGGAUACGUAUCUGGAGCCGAUCGACGGCGUGGAAUCCUUCGGUCGAUCAAGCAACCAGCCAGAAGACCUCUCCGUGACCGAAGUUGUAUCUGGCGGCUCGCUUUCAGAUGACUCGGACACAGGCCAGCAGGCGAGUUGGCCCUCAAUUACCGGCGGUGGCGAGGCUGAAGAGAAGCCGGAGGAAAGCGGUGUUGCCAAGGGCAACGCGAGGGCCCCCCUAGCAGUGAGUGACCCCGCGGUUUCAUUGGACGGCGCGUCGUUUGAAGACGACUCUUCCGCGGCAAACUACUUCACCUACGACGAGAACCAUCGUGCCCGCGGUAGUCGACACGGUCGAGUAAUUCGACGACCUCAGCUUAGCCCACCGUCGCCACGCAGUCGGCCUUUGUCCGAUGCAAUGAUGAGCAACCACUACUAUGACAAGAGCGAGCUUCUGACGGCGAUCGCAGCUCACACCGAUGCUGUGCUCCACCUCGCCCCGCCAGGUUCACGACCAAAUUCAAUCGGCAUCUACUCCAACGACGACUCGUCGGUGUACGAGGCGGUUGACGACAGACGUCGCGUUGGCGGCUCGCCAAGCAACUCCAUCCUACCCUCGGCUUCCCCUCCUCUCCCAGUCACCGCAGAUCCCACUCGGAGUGAUCCUUCUGAAAGUCAGAGAAAUCUCGACAGCCGAACGAAGUACCGCAGACGGCGGGGUAGCACAAAGAUCGCCUCUACCACCGCGUCGACGUCUACGCUGUUAGCUGACUUAUCGCCGGUCUCGCGGUCGUCUCUCUCCUCGUCCAAAACGGAGCAGAUUGGGUGUCUGCGAUCGCGCUCACCCUCCCCCGCGUUGCGGCACCAGUCCCCUCCCGACCGCAUCAUUUCCUCCCCUCCGCACACCCAAACACCUCAAGCUCCGCCCUACGCCAACCUCAGCGAACUUUGA